AAAUGGUGGCCAGCGUUCGAGUGCAGAAGCUGCUCCGACGAUAUAAACUAGCAAUUGCCGCCGCAUUAACUAUCCUCCUGAUUCAAGGGCUUGUGGUAUGGAGUCUGAGAAGUCUGGAAGAAGGCGAGGCAGAGAGAAAACUAAGACAGUCUAAGCUGCCUGACCACGACAACCAGGACCCCAAGAAAGACAACGCACAGAAUUCAUUGUCGGGGAGAAACAAGGGAAGCAAUGGUGCCAGUGCACUGAAGAGAGGGAGCAGCCGCCGUGGAGGGAAGCCCAACAUCAGGCUGAAGACCCCCCAGGAACGGGGAAUGACAGGGGUUGGAGUAGAUGGUGUAGUCCCCCACGAUCUCUCCAGCAGCCGUAACCUUAGCGAGAUCCGCAGCGGCCCAGACGGGGCAGGCAAGUUACCUGCUGCUGCCAUACCAGGAGAGCCAGGCAGCGUGGACGGGGCGCACCAAGCCCCCAACAGUGACUUUGUGCCUAAAUGUGAUAUCAUAGGAAAAGAUGCGCUGUCUGCUCUGCACCGCGCCGCGUCACAGCAGUGCAGACAGGAGAUUGCCAACAUCGUGUGCCAGCAUCAGGCCGGGCAGCUCAUGCCAGAGUCACUCCCUCAGUUCUGCCCUCAGCUUGGUGUGUCACACCCAGUUCAGGCUGUUGGUGAGCUGGAAGACAGCCUAUCUGAAGUGGAGAACCCCAUCAGGGUGGCUUUCGUUCUGAUGGUCCACGGCCGUGCUGUACGGCAGCUCAAACGUCUCAUCAAAGCCAUUUAUCACCGUGACCACUAUUACUACAUCCAUGUGGAUAAGCGGUCUGGCUACAUGCAUCGGGAGGUCCUGCAGAUAGCCCAGCAGUACCCAAAUGUGAGAGCCACGCCAUGGCGCAUGGUCACCAUCUGGGGAGGAGCCAGCCUUCUCAAAGCCUACCUACGCAGCAUGCAGGAUCUGCUCUCCAUGCUGGACUGGAAGUGGGAUUUUUUCAUCAAUCUCAGUGCCACAGACUUUCCAACUAGGACCAAUGAUGAACUGGUGGCUUUCCUGUCGCUGCACAGAGAUAAGAACUUUCUCAAGUCCCAUGGGAGAGAGAAUGCCCGGUUUAUUAAGAAGCAGGGCCUUGACCGUCUCUUCCACGAGUGUGACAACCACAUGUGGCGUCUAGGCGAGCGCAACAUCCCCGAAGGCCUGGAGGUCUCAGGCGGCUCCGAUUGGUUUGCACUCACCCGCCGUUUUGUGGAGUACGUCAUCAACUCCCAGGACGAGCUUGUGUCGGGGCUGAAGCAGUUCUAUUCCUACGCUCUGCUUCCUGCUGAGUCUUUCUUCCACACAGUGCUCGGGAACAGUCUCAUGUGUGACACCCUGGUGGACAAUAACCUGCGCGUCACCAACUGGAACCGUAAGCUGGGCUGUAAAUGUCAGUACAAGCACAUUGUUGACUGGUGUGGCUGCUCUCCCAACGAUUUUAAACCACAAGACCUCGUUCGAAUCCAGCAACUGACCCGUCCAACAUUCUUUGCCCGCAAGUUUGAGUCCUCGGUGAACCAGGAGGCCAUAGACAUCCUGGACACUCACCUGUAUGGCCAGUAUGCUCCAGGAACUGUUGCUAUCAAGGCAUAUUGGGAGAGCCUGUUUGAACAGCUGGACGACGUGGGCUCUCUCAGUGACGUGGCCUUCACAGCCUACUUGUCAUUCUUUCGCCUGGGCCUGAAGAGUUUGGUGACUGCUCAGAGCAACGUGGAGGCCUGCAGGUUUGAACCAGUAGGCUUCCCUCUAUCUGUGCAUGUAUACUUUUAUGAUGACCGUUUCCAAGGGUACCUGGUUCGCCAAGAAGUCCAGGCAGUGGGGUCAAAGGCCAGGGAGACUUUGGAGAUGUGGGCAGUGCCUCAGGCUACACUCGUCCUUGAGAAGAACCUUAAAGAAUUUGAAAGGCUCAAGAAUCUGGAAGUAAGCACUCUUUAGGUUUUUUUUGUACAAACUUUCAAGAU